CAUCAUGUUGUCUUUUGCAGUGCCAAUAUUUUGCUGGAUGGUAAUAUGGAUGCGAAAAUCGGAGAUUUUGGUCUGACUAGAGAAGGGCCGGGAUGUGAGGAUACCCACGUGAAGGUUUCCAGUGUUCAUGGCACUGAAUGUUAUUUGCCAUCAGAGUACUUGCGCCACCGACACUUAUCACCACAAGUUGAUAUUUUCAGCUAUGGAAUUGUUUUAUUAGAAAUAGCCACAGGAUUACGUCCUUUUGACCCGAAACGAUUGGAAGGAAAAAGAUUGGUAUGUGAACUUACAUGUUAGAUUACAUUAUCUGCAAAUGGC